AUGGAUGAAAGUUUGGAGGAUAUUGGUCACGUGAUAAGGAUUCUCCAAGUUGAGCCUGAUGCAGAUGAAAGUACCAUCAAGAAACAGUACAAGAAGCUUGCGCUUCAUCUCCAUCCCGACAAGAACAAAUUCCCUGGAGAUGAAUCUGCUUUCAAAUUGAUUGGUGAAGCUAAGAGGGUUCUUUUGGACAAGACAGCAUCGAAGCAGCUGGAGAAUGAUGUCAAUAAAGAAGAGGAUGCAUAA